UUCAUAUACAAUAAGUUUGAGGUUAUUCGUAAAAUAAAAUAAUGAGUUAAAUCUUUAUUUUUAUGCGUCAUAUUUGAUAAAUUUUCUCUCAAAAUGACUUUAGCUACAUUACGUUUAAACUUUAUACGUGGUUUAAUUAAAAAUGCAACUUGUACUGCGUUACUCCAGAGGCCCUUGGGAUACAAGAGUUCCAUAUCAUUGGAAACCCUCUAUCCAAAUAGUUCUUUGAAGCUCACCACUCCUGCAUUUAAACCUGAUGGUAAUGAAAAAUUCUCAGGAUUCAUACCGAUACAGAAACUGGAUAUAUCAUACAGUGCCAGCUCUGGGCCAGGAGGUCAGAACGUAAACAAGGUUCAUACAAAAGUCGACUUAAGGUUUAAGUUGAGUGAUGCUGACUGGAUACAUCCCGAUAUUAGACAGAGAAUGCUUGAAUUGUAUGACAAGAAGCUGACAAAAGAAGGGUAUUUGAUCAUAAAAUCAGACUGCACUCGGUCUCAACAGCUCAACUUGGCUGAUUGCAUGCGGAAGCUACGCAAUAUGAUCCGAGAUGCUGAAGUCACAAAACGUGAACCUUCACCGGAAACUCAGGAAAGGAUAAGGCAGAGGCAGUUAAAAGCGGCGAGACUACGCGUGGCCAUCAAACGCGAAGAUUCAUUGAAGCGCUCCUUGAAACAACCUCCUACUGUUGUUGAUUUAUGAUUUUUCUACUAAUUGGGCAUACAUGAACGCUGGCCACACAGUCCUGUGUGUUAGAGCGAGAUAGGAAAUAGUGUUGUUUUGUGACUUUGUCACUUUAGAAUUUGAAGUAAACUGUCGUAUUAUAAUUAUUAAAAGUUUUAAAAUUAUAAGCUGUACCGUUUUUGUUGAGUAUCGCAAUUUCACAUCUAGAAAUGGAUAUUUUCUGGUACCCUUUUCCAAAUAUAGAAUUGUAACGAAAAAAUCAUUGGAUGUUGUUGCAUAAAGCUUCGUUUUGUUCAGAAAACUGUUGGAAUAAGGAUAAUACUUAUAAUUAGAAAUGAUGCCUAAAUUUAUUGUAAAAAUGAUUUAACACGUAAAAUUUAAUGCUUUUUCUAUUUCUCCCAAAGUGAGUAUCACUAAGCAUUCUGUGUAGCGCUCGCGAGCUUUAAGGAAAAAAAUCCUUGUCACCUUUUUUAAAAUUAUGAAAAGAUGAGAGAGGUUAGUACUUUAAAAGAAAAUAAAUUACUAGAAUUAAAAACAGUAGCGUCUGAAGAGUGCAUCUAAUUCAUAUAAUAAUUUUAAAUAUUGCCUAUACUUUAUAU